AUGGUACUAGGGGUGGCAUUUGGGUUUUUUUGGAAGGGUAGUGUUGAUUUGCUUGUUUUCACUUCUGAAGCUCACACCAUUCAUGCGUUAUUCCACUUUAGGAAUGACAAGCCUGAUGUCCUUAUUUCGGGCAUGCAUGCUCCUUCUAUCCCUAAUGCUAGGCAUGCUCUAUGGAGAAAAAUGAGAGAGUCGAUCCCUCCGGAUCAAGUUCCCUGGUUGUUUUUGGAGGAUGCGGGUUUGGUGGAUUUGGGGUUUCACGGAAAUCCUUUUACUUGGACUAAUGCUAGAGAGGGUAUUGAGUUAAUUCAACAACGUCUUGAUCGUGCUAUGGGCAAUCUUUCUUGGGUUAAUGCUUUCCCCCAUACUAAGGUGAAUGAUGAUCUUAUUUUAAAAGAUAUGGCCUCAGAGUUUUUUAAGGACAAAAUUUCUUCCAAAUUGAAUGAUAACAUUGUUAAAAUCUCUUUCAACCCUUAUUUUCGGAUUUCUAGCAGUGAGGCUUCUAGGAUUAGCAAAAUUCCUUCAAUUGAGGAAAUUAAAGAAGUUCUCUUUCGUAUGGAUCCUAUGAAGUGUCCGGGGCCAGAUGAUAAAUUAAAGCCUUUCCUUAACAAGCUUAUCAAUCCGUUACAAUCCAGUUUUAUUAAGGGACGUGGCAUAGAAGACAAUGUUAUUGUUAUUAAGGAGAUAGCUCAUAUUUUUAAUAAAGCAAAAAAAGGAAAAAACAUUACUGCCUUGAAGCUGGACCUUUCUAAAGUUUAUGACAGUCUUGAAUGGAGUUUUAUUGAGAAUACUCUUAUUGCUUUUAAUUUUCCCUCGUCAAUCAUAACUCUUAUUAUGUCCUGUAUUUCCACUCCAAGAAUCUCGGUUCUCUGGAAUGGAGAAAUCACUAAGGAAUUUGUUCCUUCUCGGGGAAUUAGACAAGGCGAUCCUAUGUCUUCUUAUAUCUUUGUUCUAUGUCUUGAAAGGCUUUCUAACAUGAUUGAGGCUAGUGUUAAUGAGAAAAGGUGGAAAUCUAUUAAAAUCUCUAAAAACAUUAGCAUCUCUCACAUUUUUUAUGCCGAUGAUGUGUUUCUUUUUUGCCAUGCUUCUUCUAAUAACAUUAAGGAGAUGAUGGAUAUUUUAAAUAGGUUUGGGGAUCUCUCUGGACUUCGAAUUAAUCUUGCUAAGUCUUCUCUUAUUUGUUCCCCGGCCCCAAGAUGA